UGAAAUUACAAAGACGUUUCUGUUCCAGCAGUCAGGCUGGAGAAAUAAUGAUUGUUGUUCGAUUUUGUUGACCAGAAAUAACAAUUAUGGCAGAUACUGACGAGGAGCCGGAUUACAUGUCUGAAGAAUUCUUGGCGGCAUGUGUAAAAGAUGUCAGGCCAGGACUAGUUUUCAAGCAGAGCACUAAAAGGCAGUUCCAGUUGGAGGAGCAGCACCGAAGUGCAAAUGAAAAAAUGAGAAAAUUGAACAAACCAGUCAGAGUUUUAGAGGCUGAAAAGCGUGAAGAAGGGCUAAGCACAGCUAUUAGUAGCCAGAAUAAAGGCUUUGCCAUGUUACAAAAAAUGGGUUACAAUCCAGGCAAAGGCUUGGGAAAGACAGAAGAAGGUCGUGUGGAGCCUGUAGCCGUUGAAAUAAAGGCUACGCGAGCUGGAUUGGGUAGAGAGGCUGCCGUGAAGGAUAUACUACAAAGAAAGAUGACAAUGUUGCAGAACAGAAUCUCUAGCCAAAACAGUUCGACAAGUGUAACUGAAUUUAGAAAUCGUAAAAAGGAUGAAACCGUGCAGAAACUCAUGCUCGUUGAUUUGAGGAAGAGCCAACGGAUGUGCCAAGUUCUGGACGAAGAAAAGAACAUCCUGGAACCGGCUGAACUUUGGUUUUGGCCCCAAGUGGUCAAAGAGUCGGACAAAUCUGAUCAAGAAGACGAAAACGUUGAAGAAAAAGAAGAAGAACAACUUUUAGAACCUGGUGAACAAUUGGAGUUGAUCACGGCAUACCUCCGCCAAGUGCAUUGGUAUUGCACUUGGUGUGCAACGAAAUUUAAUGACGAUCUAGAUCUCAGUUCCAGUUGUCCUGGUGCCACGCGAGAUGAACAUUGAUAAGUGGUUCAAAUGGUUUUUAUGUAAUUUGCUUGCAUAUGAAACGAAUAUUUUAAUUGUCAACAAAACUUUAAACAA